AUGGGCAACAGCAGCAGCAGCAGCACCGCGAACGACAGUCGAUCUCAAGUUCCCGACAACUGGGACGCGUCCUGCAUUUCGACGCAGAAGGGCAAAACGGUCGUCGUCACGGGCGCCAAUUCGGGCAUCGGGUAUCACACUGCGCUCGAGUUCGCGCGGAAUGGCGCGGAUGUGGUCUUGGCCUGCCGCAAUGAGGCGAGGGGCAAGGAGGCCGAGAAGAAGAUCCGGGAAGCUCUGAAAUCGACGCCCGAUGCCGGCUCCGUCAAGUUCAAGAUGCUGGACGUGAGCAGCCUGGGCAGCGUUCGCAGCUUUGCGGACGAGUUCAAGACGACCCACGACCGACUCGACCUCCUGAUCAACAACGCAGGGGUCAUGGCCGUGCCCUUCGCGAAGACUGUGGACGGCUACGAGCGGCAGUUCGUCACCAACCACCUCGGCCAUUUCUUGCUGACCGCUGAGCUGCUCCCGUUGCUCAUGCAGAGCUCUCCCUCUCGAGUGGUGAACGUGGCGAGCUUGGGCCACACAGGAGCUGACAUUGAGCGCUUCAAGUGCGGGUCUGGGAUCAUGCGCACCAACGACCAAGGCUACCGCCCCAUGGAAGUAUACUCCGAGUCCAAGCUGAGCAACCUGCUCUUUACCUUUGAGCUGGAUCGACGACUCCGCGCUCACAGCGAGGCGGGUGUGCUCUCUGUGACCUGCCACCCUGGCUUCACCGACAGCAACCUUGGCGUGGCGCCUGGACUCGAGAACAAGGGGCUCACCGGUUUCCUUUGGCGCAUGGGGCAGUACCUGCCACUUACUCAAAGCGCCGCGAUGGGGGGCCUCCCCACACUGUACGCUGCUACAGCAUCUGAUGUCCAGGGUGGCGACUACUACGGCCCGGGGAACUGCUUCGAAAUUUGGGGGUUUCCCAAGCGUGUCCAGCCGAAGGGCUUUGCUAAAGAUGAAGUGGCCGCGCAGGCGCUUUGGGAGGAGAGCGAAAGGCUGAUGAAGGGGAAAUUCGACGUCUGA